AUUGGGGAUCUGACGCCCGAGCCAAGACACCCGCCCGCGGCCCCAACCCGACCAAAAACCUAGCUAGGGUUCCGCCGUCGCCGACCCAGCCGGCGUCUCCCCGCUUGCCCGCCCGCCGCGAUGUACAACGGCAUCGGGCUCCAGACCGCGCGGGGGUCGGGAACCAACGGGUACGUCCAGACCAACAAGUUCUUCAUCAAGCCCCGCUCCACCGGCGGGCCGGGCGGGCCGCACAGGCCGCCGCUCCACGACGCCGCCGGCGGGGAUGGCGGAGGGCUCGGCGGGAUGCGCAAGCCCAACAGGGACAUCCUCGAGCACGACCGCAAGCGCCAGGUCGAGCUCAGGCUGCUCGUGCUCAGGGACGCCCUCGAGGAGCAGGGCUACACGGAGGACGAGAUCGAGGAGCGCGUCGAGGAGGCGCGCAGGGCCGCGGAGGCCGAGGCGGAGGCCGCGGCCGCCGCGGAGGAGGCCGGGGCAGGGCGCCCCCCGUCUCUACCGGGCAGCAGAGGGUUUACUGACACACAAAGCCACCAUGUUGCGGCACGGAAGGAGAAGCAGCUUGAGACUCUGAGGGCUGCUUUUGGACUGGAUGCUGAGGAUGUAAAGAAGGGGGGCGUGGAUAGUGAUGUGGAAUCUGGGGAGCUUGUACCUGGUAAGUAUUAUGAGGAACUGGAUACUGCUGGACAGAAGGACGGCAAGGAUUUGAAGGAUUGCAGAAAGGAUGUGAAGAAGAGCAAAAAUAAAAAAGGGAGUGACAAAAAGAGUCGGAGAAAAAGUUCAAGGAAGAGCAAGUAUGACUCAGAUUCAGAACAGGAACGUGACACGGAAACAAAGAAGAAAAAGAAGAAGAGUUCUUGCCAUGAUUCUGAAGAUGAUUCAGUGACUGAUUAUUAUGAGAAGAAGGAAGAGAAGCACAGCAAGAAAACUCGUCUUGUCUCAGAUGAUGAUGAUUCUGAAACUGAUCGGAAGAAGGCAAAACGUGGAAAGAACUCUCGUCAUGAUUUUGAGUCUGAUACAGAUAGUGAAUAUGGCAAAAAGAAAACAGAACGAGCAAAGAACACUCGUGAUGAGAGAAAGAAGGUACCAGUUAAAAGAUCUCGUCAUGAUUCUGAGUCUGAUACUGAUAAUGAGUAUGGAAAGAAGAAAACAGAACAUGCAAAGAAUAAUCGUGAUGAUAGAAACAAGAUACCUAUGAAGAAGUCUCGUCAUGAUUCUGAGUCUGAUAGGGAUAGUGACCAUGGGAAGAAGAAAACAGAAAAUGUGAAGAACAGUCGUGAUGAGAGAAAGAAGAUGCCAGUGAAGAGCUCUCACCAUGAUUCUGAGUCUGAUACAGAUAGUGAUUAUGGGAAGAAGAAAAUAGAACCCGAGAAGAACAGUCGUGAUGAGAGAAAGAAGAUACCAACGAAGAGCUCUCGUCCGAGCUUUGAGGAUGAGAAGCCAAGAGAGAGCAGGUACAAGGAUAGCUCUCUCAAUUACUCCAUCGAUGGGAAGCCCAUAAAGUACAAGGAAAACUCUCGCCAUGGUUCUGAGGAUGAGAAACUCAAAAUGAGCAAGUACAAGGGCGGUUCACAUAGUGACUAUGAUCAGAAAAAGCAAAAAUCUGUUAGAAAGAGCAAUUAUUCUAGUGAAUCUAAGAGUGAUUCAGAUAGUGACCAAGGUGAGAGAUUAAAACGAGGAAAUAGUUCUCACCACAAAUCUGAACGUGACAGACUGAAGAGUGACCCAAGGGAUGAUGACUACAGAACUAACAAGUCUGUCAAGAAUUUGAACCAUGGCUCAGAUGGUGAGAAACCACGCAGCAAGGUGCUUCGGAAAGACAAUUACAGUGAUGAAUCGGAGACUGAUUCAGAUACACGUGUCAAAGCAAAGAAGAAACUUGAAAAGUCGUAUCAUCACAACCCUACGGAGGAUAAGCAAGCACCAAAAAUCAAAGAAAAGGCGGAUAACUAUGGAAAGAACAUUGAUAAGCGCAAGCGCCAUGAUACCGAUUCAGAAUCUGAUGGUUAUUCCCGUGAUAGGAAAAGACAACUGAAUGCUGCAGUGACAAAAAAGGUUGUGCCAGAGAAAAGAAGAGUUGCUAGCUCAAGCGAGAGCUCAGAUUACAGCAGCAGCCUCAGCAGCAGUGAGUCUGAUAUGAGUGCAGAUAGCUAUGAGGAACAGAAAAGGAGUCAAAUUGUGAGUAGAAGAGAUGAGCUGAAUAUACAGAGGCAGAAAGAGGAGAGAAAGGAGCUUGAAAAGCAAAAGCAGAGGGAGGAAGAGAGGAAAGAGCUGGAGAAGCAAAAGCAGCAGGAGGAAGAGAGGAUAGAGAUGGAGAAGAAAAGGCAGCGAGAGAGGGAGGAAGAGAGACUGAGGGAGAGAGACCAGGAUAGAAGGAAAGGUGAAAAUGGUGGGGAGAGAGACUACAAACGAAAACUAGAAGAUGAUCGGUAUGACCCGAAUUCAAGUAGAGUUAGAGAAGAGGGAUAUAGAGGCCACCAGAACAGAGGUGAUGAGAGAAGGCAUGAAGAGCAUGGCCGUCACAGAGCUAGAGAUCUGGAUAUCCAUGAUUCUAAGAGGUCCAGGCAUGAUGAUGGCUCAUAUUACAAUUCAAGGAGGGAUCGUGAAGAUCGCUAUUCUAGAGAUGAACAUAGAGAUAGAAGGCGUCACUGAAUGCAAAAUGUAUCAACAACUCCUCCGAAGUAGAAGAGCUUGGGCAUCUCCUCCAACAAUGCCAGCCAGUUCCAAGUGGACGUUCUCCACAUAAGUUUCAGUUGCCAAGCAGGCUAGCAGAUCUCUGGCUGUGGCAUUAAAAUUUGGACCGCCCCGAAAGAACUCCCAUGGCAGCAUAAUCUUUGCUUUGUUUGUAUCGACUUUUUCACUGUGCAAAGUUUACUAUGUUUACUACGGUGUAGAUUUGAGAUGUAUUGCCUAGUUUCUGUUCGAAACUGUUAUUGCUGCCAUGGACGUUAUGAAAAUUUUUGAGGGGGUUUCAGCCUAAUGUUUAUGUUUGAUGAGACAUCCUCUCAGGGAGGCUCAUUUCAUCCGUUGUUUCAGAUAAUAAUCUGUUCUCAUGA